CUUGUUCGACUUCAAACUAGUUCACCUGUCAACGGCGUCUGACAUAAUAUUCCUAGUUAGGCUGCAACUUUUCUUUGUUUGGUUUUUAAAGUCUCAUACCUUUAUCGACUGUUCAACGCGGAGAGGCACUAUAGUAACCCACGUCGUAAACAGGAUUAUGGAACCUUUAGCGAAACGGUAUCUAUUGUCAUGGCUGUUUGUGGCUUCAAGUCUUCAGGUGACGAGUUUGCAUUUUGCGGAGGCGAUUUAUAUAUGUACAGCCUACCUGAACGUGUCGUUUAUUGAUCCUGAACACAACGUAACCGUAUGGCGACAAGAGGAAAGCGGACUAUAUGGACAAUAUUCUCCAAAAGUUACAGUGAUGGGUGACGUGUAUUUACCAGAUCCGAUUUACAGUUGUGAAAGUGAUACUUUCUAUGAUGUACCCAGUGGGUCGAAGGGGUGGAUCGCCUUAAUUCAACGCGGCCAACGAUGUUCUUUUUCAGAGAAGAUCAAUGUUGCGGCCAGUAAAGGAGCUAUUGCUGCUGUCAUUUUUAAUGAUAUUGGUACAGACAAUAGAGUCAUCCAAAUGUCGCACCCAGGAACAGAAGGUAUGGUUGCCAUCAUUAUUGGUCACCGACGGGGCAUGGAGAUUGUUGAGCUGAUCAGGCAAGGGAUUCCAGUCUCAAUGACCAUUGAGGUGGGCAAGCAGCAUGGUCCCUGGAUGAGCCACUACUCGGUGUUCUUCGUCUCCAUCUCCUUCUUCGUGGUAACAGCAGCCACUGUGGGCUACUUCAUCUUCUACUCAGCCCGCCGCCUAAACAGUGUUCGUCUACAAAACCGCAAACAGAAACGUCUCAAGGCAGUGGCCAAGAAAGCCAUUGGUCAGCUGCAAGUCCGGACCGUGAAACGGGGAGAUGAGGAGACUGGGCCUGAUGCUGACACCUGUGCAGUGUGUAUUGACGCUUACAAGUCUGGCGACGUGCUGACCAUCCUCACCUGCAAUCAUUUCUUCCACAAGACCUGCAUUGAGCCCUGGCUAUUGGAGCACAGGACGUGCCCCAUGUGUAAAUGUGACAUCCUCAAGGCCUUGGGAGUAGAGCAGCCGGGGGAGGAGCAACCCAGUCAUCAGGUGACCAUGCCUCCAGACAUGAGGUCCUACCCCAGCGUCCCAGUCCCAGAGGACACCCGCAGUGAGACAGCCUCCUCAGGCUAUGCCUCUGUCCAGGGCACAGAGGAGCACAGCAGCCCAGCAGACGAGACCCACACAUAUGAGACAUUGGGGCACUAUCCUGACCCUGGGUCAGUCCAGGUGGACAUCCAGCCCCAUUAUGACAACCUGGCCUUCGAGGGCGACUCAGGAAACGAACUGGAACCCAGGACAUGAACAGCAUGCUCACUCCAAGCACUGGAGCUUGGCUAAUGGGACUUGCGCCACAAUCAAUUACAUUCAAAGAUGUUGUUUCCUGUGGUCAUGAAGCAAGUGAAACUAGGAGUGUGGGUCUGAGAUUAUUCAUAGGAAAAGAGGCCUCGACCUACCUAUGCAUAUCAUUUUAACAUUAAAUUGAUGAGGCAAUUCUUCGAUGCACUUACCACUAUCUAAGUUAGGAAAUUGUACUGUUCACUCUUGUUCAAAUCCAGUUUCAUUCUUAUUUGAAUUUAAUUGUACUUAUAAUGAUUUAUUCGAUUACGUUUGAGGUUUAAUUACUUCAGUCAAUGGAUCACAUGAUCAAUUAGGUACAGAUUUUUAAAUUGUAUGUUUUUUUUAAAGCUAAUUUCACACCCACAGGUUACUGGGAUUAGACUACUCUCCAAGUGUCUGUUUUUAAUGGGUUAUUAUAGGUGACAGUUCCCAUGACAACGAAAGUUUGUGGCGAUGUGCAAAUUCAAUUUCAAAACGUACAAUAAUGCAGUAGUUAGUGCAAGGCAUUUUCUGAUAAGGUUUGCUGCUGUAAAAAUUCUCAUACUAUUUUUUGCAUGGAAAAUUACUUUGACAGCAAGCACCGCUAUACAAAGCUCAGUUUUACCUCUGGGAUGCAUUGAUUUUAUUUCAAUCAUAAGCAUAGGAUGUUAGCCUCUCUAGAACAUACCUUGGUUUUCCUUGUCUAGCAGAGGAGAGCAUAAGAUUAUGUGAGGAACAUUCCAGUUUCGAAAUAUAGAUUUGUCUCAUUGUUGCUAAUUGAUUGUACAUGUAAAUUUGGUUUGCCACUUGUUUGAGGUAAAUCCCAAAAUGAGGGACUGCUUCCACCUGCUGUAUGCUUGUGACAUUACAAUUUCUUACGUGCUCUGGCACACCCCCAUGCCCAGCGCUUCCUGAUCUGUAGCUACAUGUCUCUUCUUUUUUGUCUGUUAUGAGGGUGAUGCAUGUUAGGAAUGGUAUUUUUAAACUUGGAAAUACUGAGUCUGGAUAUGGCAGUAAGAGCAUCUCUUUAAACCCCCUGGCUUCAUUCAAAUAUUUGUACAUGCGUUUCAGUAACUAUCUGUGCUUUUUGGGUGUGUGCCUUAAAAUGAUUCACCAGUGCAAGAUCUAUUCCAUGCCAUCCUACUUUAAUAGAAAAAUGCAAUGAGGUCACUGUAUAUUUUCAACUAGAUUGUGCAUGCACUUUACAUGUCAAUAGUCUUAACCUUGUUCAGCCUUUCCAGAGUAAAUGUCUAUAGUCUUAAGUAUUUUUGCUUAAAUAAGGGACAAAGGUUAUUCAUUAUUUUCUUUUACUCAGUUAUGUGGGAAAUGUAGUAAUAACUGGUAUAUAUUCAUAAAAUACUUUGACAAUAUUGUAAAUACAUUUUGGUUUGAUCCAAAUAUUGCUUUGUGCUAAUUUGUUCAUUUUGUUUAUAAAAUUGAUAAAUGUUCUAAUCGUCA